AAACCCUGUGCCAUAAGAAGAAAAGAAGGCUGACGUGGCAACAGCGCUCCCCCUGGCGUCCGGUGUAGUAGCCAACCCUCUGGUGUAUGUAGUGUUGGUGCGGCGCCACACACGACAGCAGCUCUGUCUACCCGCUGAACCACGCCCGGUGCCACACACGCACACACACAUUUGUGCAUAUCCGUGUGUGCGGUACGUGUGUACGUGUGCAGGUCUCAUUACUGGUGUUAGUAAGACCAACACUUUAUAUCUAACGAACAUUCCACGUAUGAAUGACUAAAAGUUGAAGCGUGGAGAAAGCGAAAAAUCAUCCCACUUUUGUACAAGGAAAAGGGGAAAGAACAAAUUUUUCAUUAGUUUCCUGUCUUUCAAACAAUAUUAAGUGUGGCUGGAGUGUCCUGCCGGCCUUACAUUCGCCUCCAGGAUUAGGUUGGUGUUUAGCUCAUGGAACACAUCACCUCAUGACUUGAGAGCAUCCUCUGACGCAGAGUUAACUCGCGUGCGCCUACCUGUAUUAGUGUUUGCAUGUGUGUGUACAGUGUGCACCUCUCGCUGGCAGCUGCGUUCGAGUGACAGGGAGUCACCAUGACAGUCGGUACUGACAACCAGAAAACGCCCCUCGUCAAGAUAGAGAUGCAACGGACGAAGCUUGACGCUGAUCUGGUGAAGCGUCACCUGGAGACGGACAACGAAGCGGCGAUGCAACACAUGCUCCAGAGCUGGAGUGUUGCCGAUGUGCUGCGUCCCAAGCUUGACGGCCAGGCGGUAGGCAAUUCUCUCCACAUCGCCGUCAAAUGCGGAGCCGAAAAGUGUCUCAAAGUCUUGCUUAGUCACCGACUUUCCAAGGAGGAAUUAGAGGCUCCUGACGACAAGGGACAGACGCCUCUGCUGACGGCAGUGAGCAAAGCGCGACACACAGCACUGGAACACCUGCUGAGUGCAGGAGCCAAUGUCAAUGCCCGCGAUGACAACCACAAAGGAGCACUACACCUCCUAGUACUGAACCUCUCCAAGGACUCUGCACAGGGGGACUUACUGAGGGUGGCAGACUUGUUACUAUCCUCUACACACGUCAAGAAGCUAGACUUGGAGCCCCACGCCGACUUUCUUGACCUGACCGCCGCCACACCGCUGGCCUUGGCUACCGCCAAGAUUCAGAAAGAAGACACAGCACCCUGGGUCCCCAAUCUUUUUGAGCUGUGCAAGAAGCUGGUGAAAGCGGGUGCCUCAUUGUCUGGAGAUGUGAAUGGCGCCACUGUGCAGCAGGUACUUACCCAGAAAGGAUGCCUGACGGAGAAGGUGCUGAGCGAGCGAAAGCAUCCCCCUCCGAGACACAUAGCGGCUCACGUGGUGGACUUGGUCUGCAUGCGCAGGAGCGGCAGCGAGGUGAGGGAGAUGUUGCAGGGAGAGCGACCAGAAGACGCCCGUGAAGCAGUGAAUUCAAAGCUCGGUAGCAACAGUCUGCUGUCAUACGCUGUGAACAUUAUGAACACUUCUCUGGUGGAGGAGCUGCUCAGGUAUGGCGCUGACCCCUGGUUGUUGGAAUGGACGCACGAGCUGCCUCUCCACCGCGCCGCCGUCAAAGGCCACGUUGACAUCUUCACCUUGCUUGUCGAAAAGAUGAAGAACAACAACAAGACCAUCGAUCUGCGGGACCACAGUGCCACCCUCAUCAAGAAGCUCAUGGAGAACAGUCACACCAAGACCACGCAGAACGAAGAUCACUUGGCGUGUCUCCGCCAUUUACUGAAAGAAGCUCAGCUUGACUUGAACCAGAAGGACCCUGAUCUGACGCCGCUGCACGUGGCGGCGAAAUAUAACCAGCAGGAGGCGGUGAGGGAACUGCUGAGGGCAGGUGCCUUCCUUGGCGCACGCCACGUGGUGUUUGGGAAGGAAUGCGGUGCUGCCUUGGACAGUGUUCUACCGGAAACACUGGAACACGCCAUGGACGACUGCAUUACACAUUACUGUGACGACAAAAGUAACAAGACCGAGAACGUAGUCAGCGAACACUACACACUCCACCUCGACUAUCGUUUUCUUCUUCCACCAGAGCAGGAUGGCAACAACAGUGACACCAAACUAGUGAAUGAAGUGGAGACGCUGAUGGAAGUAUGCCACAGCGAAAGGCACCGUCACCUCAUCAAACACCCCCUGGUGCAGACUUUGCUGUACGCUAAGUGGAAAAAGGUACAACCGUUGUACAUCGGUAACCUGUUACUUUACUUGUUCUUCGUGUCAAUGCUCACCACAUUUGCCUACUUCCUAAUGGACCUGCGUGCGAUAGAAGAACAUCUGUCAAUGCUGCAGCUUAACGUUACCAUAAAUACCACCAGCCUGGAAGCCAGCAAGCAGGGGAAGCAAAUCAAAGUGCACGUGUUCCUGGUUCUGCUGCUGCUCGCCUCAUUGUUCAUGUUGGUGAAAAUGGUUUUGCAGAUUAAGUUAUCCUUCAAGUAUCUCAAGAAAAUUGAAAACUGGCUGCAGUGGUCACUGUUAGUGAUAGUACCGGUGUUGUGCUUCGCGCCGCUGGAGAUGGACUCAAUAAGACAGUGUUCAGCCUGGGCAAUGAUUAUCGCCUGGUUCGUGUUCGUGCUGAAGUUGGGCCGCGUGCCGUUCUUCGCUCUCUACAUUACGAUGCUGCGUCACGUCACCUCGAAUUUCCUGAAGCUAAUUGUCCUCUACAGCCUCCUCAUCCUUGCCUUCACCCUCAGCUUUAACAUCCUGCUCUACCACCCCUCCGGAAAAAACCAGAGUGAAAACUUCCUAUCGUUUCCCAAGGCCGUCGUCAUGUCCACAGGCGAGUUGGAAUACUCCGACAUGAGUGAGAAGUUCCCUGAGGCGUUGAGCACCUCCGCUAUCAUCAUGACGCUCGUGUUUGUCUUUGCUAUUUUCUUGGUGCUGAUGAACGUGAUGAAUGCACUGGCCGUCACUGACGCGCAAGAAGUGGUGAACGACACCAAGCUGUACUCCCUCAUCUCCCUCCUUGAACUGGUGAACGUGAUAGAGACCUUCCUCAGCUACCGCAUCGUACGCGCCCGUCUGGGUAACUUGCAGCUUCUGUCUGGGACCAACAACACUCCGUCCUUCCUGGCCAAGAUCAACCACCCCAAGAAGCAUGAGCGGCUCCUGUCCGGUCUCGACCAUAAGACCCCGAACAAGCUGAAUGACGAGUCUGCCGAGUGCCUCAGGGUUCAUCGGCUGCACCACCUGGAGGAAAAGAGGAGCCAGCAGCUCCAGGACGCUGUGCAGAACCUUGCUGACCAACACCCUAACCUACUACGCUCUCUAGCUGCUGCCUUGCGCCCUAGCCAGUAAUGUGAAGAUGGAAAGACGGAAAGACUCUUAAAGAGAUGUGGUGUACUUGUCAUUAAUGUGAAAAGGGAAAGUUUAUAAAUGGUGGAGUCCUUGCCAAUAAUGUGAAGAGGCAACGACUUUAAAGAGAUGGUGAUGUAGUGGAGUACCCCAUGCCAGUGCCAGGUUAGCCUUAUUAGGUGUCAUCCUGAUUUUUACUCUAAAUGACUCCUCUCUACUUGAUUUUGUGGGUAACUGUGUGGUAUGUUUUUCUAUUAUAUAUUCAUAACGUCGAAGAAAAGCUCAAUGCUACCUGUCAAUCCAAAAAUACGAGCAUUAUUACCACUACUAGCUUGGGCGCCCAAGCAGGUGGAUGGCGCCAUAACACAUGAUUUCACAGUUCUGAUGGGUUGAUACGGACACUUGGGAAAGGAAUAGAAUAUGCCAGGUCAAUAUACAGUGACAUGUAGUACUUGCUUCUCUCUUCACCACCGUCUAAACUUGGACAUGAGUCAGUCCGCCACACUGGAUGACUCACUAAGUUUGACCUAGGGAAACUUGGCCUAUAAUUGAACAUCACUGUCCGUCUCCCUGCCUAGCGUUUGUUAGAGUACACUUGAGUGUAGUAUGGUGUGUGUAAAAAUGCUAUGAGCCCAUUACUUGUCAGGUCUUGUUACUUACAGGCUUUAGGCAGCAAUGCAAUUAUAACUCGUUCACACACAACCGUGCAGUUUUUCCUCCUGCUGCGGUUCCCAUGUGGGUUGUCUUUCCAACAACACGAGAGAUUAAUAUGUGUGUUGAUUUACAUGCAUUAGAAUGGCAGCAUACCUACAAGCUUGGUGGUUCGAAGACCACCACAUUGCGCUUCCAUUGGCUAGAAGAUCGCCGACAUCCUGAAUUAGUGUUUUAAUAAAUUACAUGACUGAGUACUUAUUCCGUACUUAGUGUGUGUGUGUGUAUUUAUCUAGUUGUAUUUACCUAGUUGUAGUUUUACAAGGCCUGUUACGCUCGUGUGGUCCCGUCUCCAUAUCCACACU